AUGCGUCUCUCCGGUAUUUCUCUCUUUUUAGGUCUGGGGGCUCUCGCAGCCGCCCACGUCGAUGGGUCCGACGACGCGUGCCUGUCGGAGUGGGAAGUCUGUCCGCCGCUGGAGCCGCUUGUAGAUGUGUUAUUGGGACUCUUGAACGUGAAGGAAGUCUGCCAGCAGAUCGAUCCGGAAGCUCUCGGCCCUACCACUGUCACAAUCACCGACUCCCUGCCUGCCGCCACAGUCACGACUACCAGCUACCGCACCGUAGGCAGUCCUGUUAGCCGGACAUCCUCUGUGGUUGCCGUCGUCACCCAGUCCUCUCAGGCCGUUGUCACUAAUCGCUUUUCCUCCACUGCAAUCCAGUCAGUGCGGGUGACGGCCACGGCCGUUGACACUGAAACCGUGCCCAUCACUGAGACCAACACCCUCACUCAGACCCAUCAAGCAACAGUCACGCAAACUUUUACCCUGACCACUGAGGAUAUCAUCUUUGAAACCGUCACGACAACUGUCACUGUCACUUCUGCAGGCCAGGCCGCUCCCACCGACAAGCGCAGAAGUGUUGGCCUACCAGCGGUGCUACAGUCUUAUUCCAAUGAUGAGCUGGUUGACGCGUGCUGGUGCGUCGAGUUCGACACUGUCACAGUAACCGCCACACUGCCACCGACCACUCAAACACAGACCAUUGUCAUUCCCUCGACUGUGCCCUCGAGCGUGGCUGUCAUCCGCACCAUCAGUGAGACCGACACCAUCGUCAGCACGUCCACCGUGGACCUCACCGCUGUCGUUACCCAACUGUCGACUGUGACUACUACUGCCACUUUGACGGAAUCAACGACCGUCUACACAACGGUUGAUCAAACUGAGGAUGUCACGGCUUUCCAGACCGUCACAGCCACAGCAACAUUCGUGGACGAGUAUGUAACCGUCACCGUGCCUGCUACGACCACCACCACCACUACUCCGGCCCCAACUAACGUCCUCGUAAAUCCCGGUUUCACAGGUGGAGCAAUAUCCCCUUGGACAAGGACCCUCAAUAACUUCUACGAAACUCUGGACAGCACCUGCAACACCCUCAUUUACUCGGACAGUAACUGUAUCAUGUUCUCUGAUUUUACCGGGACCAGCGUUGGCACUUUCGAGCUUACGCAGACGAUCAACACUUACGUGGGGCAAUACUAUUCUGUUGAAUUUCAAUAUUAUUUCCCGUAUGCCGUCCCUUCGAGCAGCGUUUUCCGCUGCACUGCCGGCUCAACGGUCUUUCCCAUCCCAACGACUACUAUUGGGUCAUUCCAGACGGUUUCAGGAGGUUUUACUGCGACGUCUUCUACAACUACCUUCACUUGCUCUGGCCAGGCAGUUACCGACCAACUUUACAUAUUUUUGUAUGGGUUUGAUAUCCGGGCUUCAUCGUAA